AUGCGGCGGCGCUGGUCGGUGGUGCUGGCCGCGCUGGCGGCGCUGGCGUGCGCCCCGCGAGCCGCCCCCGCGUCCCCCGCCGCCUGCGCCGCCACCCCGCUGUGCCGCUGCUCCGCCGACCAGCUCGCCUGCGACGCGGUGCCCUACUACAGGUUCCCCGAGAUCGGGGCGGGGGUGUCGCAUGUGGCGCUGUGGUCGGCGCGGCUGAGCGAGCUGCCGGAGGCGGCGCUCGACGGCCGUGCGCUCCGCUCGCUCGUGCUGGUCGCCGCGCGCCUGCAUCGCCUGCACCCCGCUGCCUUCGCGUCGAUGACGACGAGCCUGGCGUCGCUGGACCUCGGCCACAACGAGCUGGCGGAGGUGCCGCUGGAGGUGCUGCGCCGGCUGCGGGCGCUGAACUGGCUUAAUCUGCAGAACAACCACGUGGUCGAGCUGGACCCGGCGGCGGACUGGGGCGGGCUGGCGGACUCGCUGAGCUGGCUGUCCCUGAGCAACAACCGGCUGCAGGCGCUACGAGCGGGGGCACUGGCGGCACUACGGCGGCUGGCGACUCUCGAGCUGGACGGCAACAGGCUGCAGCAGCUGGACGCCGGCGCGCUCCCGCCCGCGCUCGACGCGCUGCAUCUCGCCGACAACCUGCUGCGCCGGCUGCCCUGUGCCGGGCUGCUCCUACCGCGCCUGCGCCACCUCCAACUGCGAAAUAAUGCGCUGCGCCCUGCGGACGCGGACGUCGACGCCGGCUGCCCCGCGCCCCGCGCCCGCCUCGAGUCCCUCGACCUCAGCGACAACGACCUCGCCGACGACUUCCGACUCGACUUCCGCCCGCCCCAGCUCAAGCGGCUGAUGCUGGACCUGAACGACUUCACAACGGUCCCGGCGUUCGUGCAGGAGUUCGGUCGCCUGGAGCGGCUGUCGAUGUCCCACAACAACGUGAGGCGCGUCCCCGCGGCGGCGUUGCGCGCGCUCGCCGGCAGCCUGCGGCGGCUGGAGCUCGAGCAUAACGAGCUGGCGGCGCUGCCGGCCGGCGUGUCCGGCCUCGCGCGGCUGCGCCACCUCGCCCUCUCUUACAACGACUUGUCGGACUUGGGUGAGCUGCCUCCCGAGCUGCACGCUCUGCUUCUAGCCGGCAACGCGCUGACGUCACUGCCGUCGGGGCUGCGAAACCUGACGCGACCCACCCUGGCCUACCUGGAUCUGGGCUACAAUCGAAUCUCUCGCGUGAGCGCGGAUUCCUUCGGGCCGUGGGCCGGGCGUCUGAGCACGCUCAUUCUGAGAGGCAAUAGAAUAGCGCAGCUGUCCGUCGGCGCGUUUCCCCCGCUGCCGCUGCGAGAGUUGAUCCUGAGCUUCAACGAUCUAUACCACGUGGAGGCGGGGGUGUUCGCCAACUUGACGCAGCUGAAGGUAUUGGAGCUAUCCACCACGUCGUUCGGCGGAGACGUUCCCGCGGGGUCGACUCUGGAAGCCCUGACCUGGCUCGGGUUGGACAAUAAUAACAUUCACCGCGUUUCUACUGAAGACAUUCAAAGUUUUCCCUCUCUGGAGUAUCUUGACCUAGAUUUUAAUAAAAUAAUAGAGUUUCCGAGCGACGGCAAGCCGGGGAACGGGUCGGGCAAAUUGAAGGAGUUGAGGCUGUCGUACAAUUUUAUCAGCAAAAUACAUUCAGACUUCCUGCGGCAGCUGGCGGGGCUGCAGAGCGCGGAUUUCUCGUGCAAUCGCCUCCGCGACGUUAACGCGCGUGCUUUUGCCGAAAUGACUGAGUUGAUUUAUCUGAAUUUGGCAGAAAAUGAGAUCGCGAUAGUGGCCGACGGGGCGUUCACAGAUUUGCCUAAAUUGGAAGCAUUGGACAUGCAGAAAAACGGCCUCGUUGAAUUUUCAUUGCGGUUUUUUAAUAACGUGUCCAACGACGAGGCGAACCUCAUCGUAAACGUCAGCUACAACCGCAUCUCGUCGCUCAGCGGGGCCGUCGCCGUCCCCAUUACGAUUUUAGAUUUAUCCUUUAACUCGCUGCAAACUGUAUAUAGAGAUUUUUUUGAGUCCAUGCGCUACUCCCUGAGACAGGUGCUCCUCUCCCACAACAGAAUCGUUCACGUCGACGGGUUCGCUUUCGGUUCUAUGCCUCAUUUGAUUAUACUCAAUUUACAGAAUAAUAGCAUAAGUGUCGUGAAGCGCCGAGCCUUCGCCGAGAUGCCUUCGCUACAAAUGCUCGAUCUGUCGCACAACGAGAUCCCCCAGCUGUCCAUCGAACAGUUUCACAACCUCCGAACUCUGCGAUACUUGAACCUGGCGAGUAACAGGCUGCGGGCGUUGCCGCGCGACGCCCUGGCAAACACGUUGCUGGAGAACCUGGACUUGAGCAACAACCGACUGACGCUCUUCCCCCGCAGCACCCUGGCGCAGGUUGGGUGGACCCUGCGGCGCCUCGAGCUGUCGCGAAACCGCCUGGAGUACCUGGACGCCGCCGCCCUGCGCGCCGCCGCGCACCUGCACGAGCUGGGGUUGGCGGGCAACGCGCUCACCGCGCUGCCCGACACCACACUCGCCGCGUUGCCGCGCCUCCGCCGCCUCGAUCUCGCCUACAACAAUAUAAAGGCCAACUUCAGGGAGCUGUUCGGGGGCGUGCCGGAGCUGCGCCGCCUGUCGCUGGCCGGCGUCGGGCUGAGGACGGUGCCGCAGCUGGUGCUUCCGGAUCUGACGGAGCUGAACCUGAGCGGCAACCACAUAAACUCGUACGGCCGCGCCGACGUAAAGCACCUGGCGAGUCUGCGCGCGCUCGACGUCAGCGCGAACCACUUCACGUCGCUGCGGCCGGCGAUGUGGGCCGCCCUCCCCCACCUCCUCGCCCUCGACGUGUCGCACAACCCCAUAGUGCGGCUCCCGAAGGGUGCUCUCGAGGGUCUGGAGCGCCUGGAGCACCUGAGGAUGAUCCGCCUAGGGCGCCUCGAGGCCGUCGAGCCCCGGGCGUUCGGCGACCUGGGGUCGCUGCGGACGCUCGCCGUGGACUCGCGCGGCGGUGAGGGUCAGCGGAUGCCCCUCGCGGAGAUAGCACUUGCGUCGCAGUUCAUAGAGGCGCUCGUGAUUCUGUUCAUCGAGGAGGUGCUGGAGUCGCAGCUGGCAGGGCUGCGGGCGCCGAAGCUCCGCUCACUGGAGGUGCGCGGCGCGGCGCUGCGACGGGUGGGUGCGCGCGCGUUCGAGUCGCUCGGGCGGCAGCGCGCACUGGUGCUGCGCGUGACGCACACCGCGGUCUCCGAGCUGCCGGCGGGGCUGGUGCUGCCGCUGCUGCGAGUGCCGCACCUGGCGCUCGACGUCAGCGACAACCGCCUCCUCAGCUUCGGCCCCGACGUCCUGUACCCCAACCGCACCGGUUGGAGCCGACUGGCGACCAAACUAAUCCCAGGAGGGCUGACGCUGUCGAACAAUCCGGUGCGGUGCGGGUGCGCAGCGGCGUGGGCGGGCGGCUGGCUGCGGCGGUGGGCGAGCGAGGUGGGGGGCGGGGCGCGGGCGGCGCGGGAGGCGGCGCGGCGCGGCACGUGCUUGGCCGCGGCGGGCGGCGCGCGCGCGCUCGUGUCGCUGAGCGCGGACGCGGCGAAGUGUCGCGCGCGGGCGCCGGCGAGCCCGGCGCCACCGCCCGUGCUCCUGGCGCGCACCGCUGCGAUACUAGCGCUCGUACUUCUAUACUGGAACUUUGUUAGAUAA